UCGAAGACACAACAUGGAGUCGCGAUUCCGGACCAGCCAUCCAGGAGCCAAGCUUCUGGGCCUCUGCUGCCUGCUGCUAGUCCUGGUCUACUUUAUGCACUUUGAAGGUGAAAGCUCUGAGGAUGAAAUGAAGCAAUCCUCUACCUCUCCGCGAUCGCGAGUCCCUCUCCAGCCAAGGUGGAAAUCGCAGAUUCAGCAGCAUUUUGUGAAAAGCUCCAAGUGCUAUAUUCCCUAUGUGGAUCCCUUCAACGCGGAGGUUAUGGAGAUAUAUCAACCGCAGAUUCUGGUCACCUGCACGAACGAAACCGACCUAAUCUCAACCGAAUACAGCUCUCUGCUGCAGCGAUAUGUCCUUCACAUCGACGAGGAAGUUGCCCACCAACUGAUGAACUUCUCCGAAUCGGAGUUCAACUGCUUCUACCGGGAAAUUAAGUACGGAAAGAAGGUAGAUAACUAUGACAAUCUCAAGGCGAAUAAAUACUUCACCGAUGGCUAUGUGGUGCCGCAGCAUGUAGAGGGCAUGGUUGUCGAAUGCCACACGGCCGAGGAGCCUAAGGUGCUCCUUCAGAAGGACGCCUUCACCUUUGUCCAGCACCAGCCGCUGCCCAAGGACCUCCUGAAGCCGCGUGCCGCCCGGAAGCCCAGUGUGAUCAUGUACGGCAUCGACUCGCUAUCCCGCAUCAAUCUGCGACGCACCAUGCCCAAGGUCUUCAGUUUCCUGCAAAGCGCCGGAUGGUACGAGAUGCAGGGAUACAAUAAGGUGGCCGACAACUCGUUUCCCAAUAUCUUGGCCAUUCUCAGCGGCUACUCAGCGGAGGCGGCCAAAAAGAUGCUCUGUGACACGGACAAGGCCGGCUGCCUGGAUGAGAUGCCCAUGAUAUGGAAGUACUUUAAGAACGCCAGCUACUUGACGGCGUAUGCGGAGGACGAGAGCAAUUCGAAUCACUUCAAUUACCUGAAGCCAGGCUUCUCAAAGAAGCCCAUGGACUAUUACUUCCGGCCCUUGCUGAAAGCUCUGGAAUCUGAAAUGAAUGUGUACCGGCUGCCGGAGCACGAUUACAUGCGGUAUUGCUUGGGCCGCAGGAUGGCGAAUCGAUAUAUCUAUGACUAUGGGCGGCAGUUCACCCAAAGGUUCGUGCAGGAACGCCCCAUUUGGGGCAUGUUCUGGUCGAACCACUUCAGCCAUGACGAUCCCUUUCUCCCUUCCGCUAUGCAAGACAAGGUUCUGGGCGACCUGCUUGAUUUCAAAGCGGAAGGAGCAUUCGAGGAGAUGAUUAUGAUCUUCUUCGCCGAUCACGGUUCACGCUAUGGAAAAUUGACCAGGCUGAAGGAGGGCUUCCUAGAGGAGCGACUGCCCAUGAUGUUCAUAUACCUACCGCCUUGGUUCCGCGAGACUUAUCCCACAUACGCGCGGGCCCUGGAAGUGAAUCAGCAUCGGCUAAGCUCCAACUUUGAUGUCCACAAUACACUGAAGCACAUCGUCGAGAUAGGCGGCACUCCGGAUGGUCCGACUCUGCCGAAGUCCUUUGAUUGUCCCACCUGCCAGUCCCUGUUCUACCCGCUGCCCGAGGACCGAUCCUGUCAGGAUGCGGCCAUCGAGGAGCACUAUUGCACCUGCGACCCCUACAUUCCCAUCCGUGGCAAGGACUGGACCGAUGCCAUUUCCAAGAGUGUGAUCGAUCGAAUGAACGAGUACUUCGUGCACAAGAAUCUCAGCAGCCUGUGCAGCAAUCUGACGCUCCGCUACGUACACAGAACCGAGAUCAAGGCGGGUUCCAGCUGGCACGAGGAUCUCAGGGAGGUGGAGACGGCUGUCUAUCGGGUUAAAUUCAAAGUAGUCCAGAAUAGUGCCGACUUCCAAGCCACCGUGGUUUAUAAUAACGUCACCCGAAACGCGGAAGUAAAUGUGGAAAAAAUCAGCAGAACAAACUCCUACAAAGAUGACUCACCUUGCAUCGAUGACAAGCUGGCCAAACUUUACUGCAUUUGCUACAGUGCCAUGCUGUAGUAAUCUCUACUUAAAAACCUGAUAAAUACUGGAAACUAAUUUAAUACAAGUAUACAAGUUGGUUGUUGAAUUUGGCUUCGAUCAAGUAAUAAAGCACUCAAUAAAAUUAGUAAAAAUAAUUAAACAGGAGCUCUGCGGCUCUUCAUCUUCCGAUACCUAGUUCGAGUUCUGGAGUCUGAAGAUAUUUUGGGCGUCAGUCCACCCGCUAAACCCUUUGGGUCAUAUUCUGGUAAAAUGUCUUCAGUUGCGCAAUCCCUUUUUGGGUAAGGGGGCAGAACCAAGACAGUAGGUAUAUAAACACAUCAUUGACAUGGACUGAAGCCAAACAAUUUCCUUUUAAAUAAAGCAGUGCGCAUCUCUCUGUAAAUCAAAUUCACUUUAAAAAUUCUAAUAAAUAUAACAAUGUUUCGAAACUA